GUCAUCACUUAGCGCGCCGCUGUCGCCGCCCGCUGACGUCAGCCGCCGCGCUUUGCCUCCGAAAAGGGUCCUCUGCCGCCGGCGCCACCCUCGCCCUGCUGCGCCCGCGCCGACAGCGGCAGGAGCCAUAGGCUGAGAUUAUGAGUUUGUUUAAUCUGGACCGCUUUCGCUUUGAGAAGAAGGCUAAAAAAGUGGAACAGGAAAAUCCACCUCCUCCUCUUCCCAUAGCUGAGAUACCAGCUGCUCCUUCUCCUGCUGCAGCAGACAGUGCUGCUGGUGCUGGUGGUGGUGAUGAUGGUGAUGAUGAGGUUACAGAUGACAGCAGCAGGCCAGAUACUCCAAAAUCAGAUGUGACUGAGAAAACUGAAGACUCCAGUGUCCCAGAAACCCCAGAAGCAGAGAGGACAAAGAAUUUAUCAUCUUUCAAGAAUCGAAGAGGGAUACAAUUCAUUGAUGUGUCUUCAGAUAGUGAGGAUCAAGGACCACCAAACUGUUCCAGUACAAAACAAGACAGUGUUUCCAUGAGUGAGGUGAUUGUAAUCUCUGAACAGUCUGAUGAUGAAGAGGCUGAAGAUGUACCACCUACAUUUACAUAUACAAAUGAUGCAGACCAAUUGCCAGACAUGGAUGAGGAGGAAGACAUCAGAGAUGCGAAACUCCAAACACUGAAGGAACUCUUUCCGCAAAGAAGUGACCAAGAAUUAUUACAAUUGAUAGAAUCAACAAGCACAAUGGAUGAAGCAAUAGCUGCUGGUCUGAAGUUUAACGAUGAAGCUGCAUCCCGAAAAAGGAAACUAAGCCAAUCACCCACAAACAAUUCUGAAGACAGUGGUGACCAAAUUUCAAAAAAGCAAAAAACGAACUCUCUAGAAGGGGAAGAAUCUCAAAAAGAAUGGGAAAAGCAAGAAGCUCUUGUAAAGAAACUGCAAAAUAAAUUUCCCAGUUUGGAUAAAGAGGAACUGAAAGAUGUACUUCAAGAACAUAACUGGGUAUUUCAUGAAGCACUGGAGUCUUUAAAAGUAUUUGCAGAAGACCAACAGGAUGUGCAAUAUCCUUCCAAAAGUGAAGUUUCUAGUUGGAACGAAGUCUCCACAAAUAGCAAAAAGCACUAUAAUAAUGACACUAAAGUGAAGGUGAAACAGAAAUCUUCUGCAAAAGCUCAGAAUGGCUUUAGGAAAAAAGAUAAAGGCAAAAAAGGUGUUUGGAGGACUAAAAGAGAAACAGAAGAUUCAGAAUACGAGUCAGCUUCAGAAGGUGGUAGCUCCCUUGAUGAGGACUACAGCAGUGGUGAUGAAGUGAUGGAGGAUGGUUACAAAACUAAAAUAGUUAGCUUCCUGCAAGAUGCUUCACUAGGUGAACUCACUUUGAUUCCUCAGUGUUCUCAGAAAAAGGCUCAGAAGAUAACGGAGCACCGGCCCUUUAAUAGUUGGGAAGCUCUGUUUACAAAAAUGAGUAAGACAAAUGGACUAUCAGAAGAUAUUAUAUGGAACUGCAAAAUAUUGCUCAAAGAGAGAGACGUGGUUCUAAAACUCAUGAACAAAUGUGAAGACAUUUCAAAUAAAUUGACAAAACAAGUUACCAGGAUCACUGAAGAUGGAGGAUGUGGAUGGAAUAUAGAGCAACCUUCCAUUCUGAAUCAAAGUAUGGAGCUCAAACCCUAUCAGAAGAUAGGUUUGAACUGGCUAGCGCUACUGCAUAAACAUGGAUUGAAUGGUAUUUUAGCUGAUGAAAUGGGUUUAGGAAAAACCAUACAAGCUAUUGCAUUCCUGGCAUACCUCUACCAAGAGGGUGAUAAAGGUCCUCAUUUGAUCGUUGUGCCAGCUUCAACUUUAGAUAACUGGAUAAGAGAGGUUAAUCUGUGGUGUCCUGCUCUUGAUGUCCUUUUUUAUUAUGGAUCCCAAGAGGAUCGUAAGCAACUCAGAAUUGACAUUAAUAAUAAAGUUGUAAAUUUCAAUGUGAUUGUGACCACGUAUAACUCUGCAAUUAGCAGUGCAGAUGACCGUAGCCUGUUUCGCCGACUGAAGCUUAACUAUGCAAUCUUUGAUGAAGGUCACAUGUUGAAGAACAUGGGUUCUGUACGCUACCAGCACCUAAUGACAAUUAACGCAAAGAAUCGUCUGCUGCUAACAGGCACUCCAGUUCAAAAUAACCUGUUGGAAUUAAUGUCUCUAUUGAAUUUUGUCAUGCCACAUAUGUUCAGUGGUAGCACCAGUGAAAUCCGGAGGAUGUUCUCGUCAAAAACAAAAGCGGCUGAAGAACACAGUAUAUAUGAAAAGGAGAGGAUUGCUCAUGCGAAGCAGAUCAUAAAGCCAUUUAUCUUGAGAAGAGUAAAGGAUGAGGUCCUUAAACAACUACCCCCCAAAAAAGAUCUUAUUGAGUUGUGUGAUAUGUCAGAGAAACAGGAACAGCUGUACUAUGACCUCUUCAACAAACUAAAGAAAUCUAUUGACAGCCAGGAAAAAAACUCAGAAAUGGGCAAUGUCAUGAUGCAGCUGAGAAAAAUGGCAAAUCAUCCUCUCUUACACCGCCAGUAUUACACAGCUGACAAACUGAAGAUGAUGUCAAUGCUUAUGCUCAAGGAACCCACGCAUUGUGAUGCCAAUCCUGACCUCAUCUUCGAAGAUAUGUCUGUGAUGACAGAUUAUGAGCUGCAUUUGCUUUGUAAACAGUAUGCUAAUGUCAGUGACUUUAAGUUAGAGAUGGAUACAAUUUUGGAUUCUGGAAAAUUUAGAACACUUGAGCGCAUCCUCUCUGACCUUAAAGAAAAGGGUGAUAGAGUUGUAUUGUUUAGCCAGUUUACUAUGAUGCUGGACAUUUUAGAAGUUCUCCUAAAACAGCAACAGCACCGAUAUAUUAGGCUGGAUGGAAAGACACAGAUUUCUGAAAGGAUACAUCUGAUAGAUGAAUUCAAUACAGAUAUGGGUAUUUUUGUAUUCCUGCUUUCGACCAAAGCUGGUGGCCUAGGAAUAAAUUUGACUUCAGCAAAUGUUGUCAUUCUUCAUGACAUUGACUGCAACCCUUACAAUGACAAGCAAGCAGAAGAUCGAUGCCAUAGAGUAGGUCAGACCAGAGAAGUACAAGUCAUAAAGCUAAUCAGUAAAGGGACUAUUGAGGAGUCUAUGCUCAAAAUCAGUCAGCAGAAGUUGAAGCUAGAGCAAGAUAUGACUGCAGUAGAUUUAGGAGAAGAAGGGACCAUUCCAGCAGAUAUAGCCACAUUAUUAAAAGCUUCAUUAGGUCUGUAAAAUGUAAAUAAAAUAGCUGUGGAUUUUAUUGGCGAGAAAAAGGCAAUGUGGUACACCCAUGGACUUUUACAUUACUGGUGACCAUAAGUUUUAUGAACAUUUAUAACUUUUUGUAAUUUCUUUACUGUAUUUCUCAUGGUAUUGAAGAUUUUUAACACUGAUAGAAUUCUCCAGAUGCUUGAAAACAAAAUGUGUAAAUGCCACACACAUAUGUAGUGCAUAAAAUGUUGAAUAAUCCAUAUUUUACAAAGCAGUUUUAAAAAUGGGGACCUAGUUAGUGAUGACUUUACCAGAUCUGCUAAUGCUUAAGAUUUGUCAGUAUUUUUGUAAUUAUUUCUACCUCCCAAAUAUAUAUAAGAAUUGUCUGUUUCACUGGAUAAUGUGUGUAGAUUUUUUUUUACAUGUGCCUUAUUUGACAAUGCUCAUGUCUGUUUAUGCUUGUUUUUGUUCAUUUGAAGUACCGUACUGUUUUUGUAUCAACUUGUUCAAAUAAAAUUGCCUAGAUGA